CAGACAGCAUGCAGGCUAUGGAGGUGCUGCGAGUGAAGCGGAAGAGGGGAGCUGACCCGGCAGAGGCGCUGAUUAUUAGCUGCAAGAGACUGCGAGCCGAGGAGGAGGAGAAGAACACCGACCGGGUCACCAGAGAGAUCUUCAGACUCGCCGCCACUGUCACCUCACAGGAUGAGCCUAUUCAGAAGUAUGUACACGAAGCUAUGUCCCGUGACCGGGCUGCCCUGGCACUUGAUCCCUCUGCAGGGAGCUUCCAGCGAAUUCAAAAAGACCUGCGAGCUACGAAAGAGACAGAACGCCAAGAAAGUAGAUACCGCUUGAUAUCUAAUCUCCGCCCAAAAUGUGAUGGUGAGGAUAGCAGUCCAGGAAACAGUCAACCUGCCAGCCCUGUGAUAGACCAGAAGCCUGUACCAGGGAAGGUGGAGGCCUCUGCAUGUGAAAAUCCAGACUCCCAAAUCAAUGUCGGUGGCAGUUUCCAAGUCUUUGACAUGGUGCAUGAGGAAGCUGAAAAAGAAAAGGAUAGUUUGAAGGAGAGCGACCCUGAAACAAUUACUUGUAACUCUGUGAAAAUGAUUCGGGAGCGGCUGACUUUGUCUGAUGCAGGAUCAGAGCACAGGGAGAACCCAGAUGAAUUUGUUUACGACAUUUAUUAUGCAGAAGCUACUCCACAUAACUGGAUCCAGGACAUUCUGUCUGUUCAGCCAUACUCCAAUGAGCAGGAACUGCUGCCUGAAGAUCAUGAGCCAGAGGAAAUUUAUGAUGAUGAGGAUGAUGAGAAUGAGGAAAACAACUGGAGAAAUGACUAUCCUGAUGAAGAAGAUGAGGACAACAGUGACAAGGAGGAGAGAUACAUGGGUUAUUAUGAAGACAGUGAUGAGGAAGAUGGACACAGAGGAGACUCCUGGACGGUGUACAGGCAGAAGGCCAUGAGGGAGUUGAAUGAGGAAGGGGAAUAUGACUAA